AACGACAGUGAUCGACACCUGACGAAAUGCGUCUGUCAAGCAUUCUCCUUACUCUGCCCCUAGCAGCGGCGACAAUUCAGGAUAUCAUCCAAGCCCGGGAUGACGAGAAUGCUGGAGAUGCCCCGUCCCUGGUGGUCAAAAGGUUCAUUGUUGAGGCAGAACCAGGUACCCCCUUGGCCGACCUGUCACGGAAAAUUGAGGCGAACGGUAUCAAGGUUUUGAAAACCUUUGACACGGAUGUCUUUGCUGGGCUCAGUGUCGAGACUGAACACGACAAUGUGGACACUCUUCAGGAAGUCACCGAAGUAGCACGAGCUUGGCCUGUCAACAGGUUCAAAUUAGCAGCUGUCGAUGUAUCUACCUUAAGCCACAAUGCAAUGGCCGGGAAUUGGUCUGUUCACCAGGCCACUGGAGUAGACAAGCUUCAUGAGGCGGGGUUAUUUGGCAAAGGGGUCAAGAUUGGCGUUAUCGACUCAGGAAUCGAUUACAAUCAUACAGCACUCGGUGGAGGAAUUGGGCCUGGGUUCAAGGUCAUCGGCGGAUACGACUUGGUUGGCCAGAAUUACAACGGCAAGAAUACCAAGGUGCCUGAUGAUGACCCAAUGGACACAAUCGGUCACGGUACUCAUGUUGCUGGCAUUAUUGCUGCCAAAAGCGAGCAUAACGUCGGUGUUGCGCCAGAGGCGACGCUGCUGGCAUUCAAGGUUUUCGGAGCUGUGGACGGAACUGAUGAGGACUCACUGGUUGAUGCAACACUCAUGGCGUAUGAGGCUGGUGUCGACAUCAUUACAGCAAGUGUGGCUCGCGCAGCGGGCUUUUCCGACGGUCCAUGGGCCUCAAUCUGCUCGAGAAUUGUUGACAAGGGCGUUGUCGUUACCGUUGCAGCCGGAAACGACGGAGAAGACGGACCUUUUUAUGCGAGCAGCGGCUCCUCUGGAAACAACUCCGACUAUGUACAGCUGGGCUACAUCCCAUCUGUCAACCGUCCUCUAUGGAACAUCACCGGUCUGCCGCUCGUCGCCAUCACUCUCGAUGCAUCAGUAGCGGAUGACGCUUGCAAACUUCCAGCCGAUACACGAGACCUUUCCGGUUCUGUUGUCCUCGUUCGGAAAGGCACUUGCAAUCUGUACGACAAACAAGACAAUCUGGAAAGGUUUGGUGCUCGGUGGAUCCUCCUCUACAACAACGACGACAGACCGUUCUCGACAGUCAUGACCUCUACCCGCAAGUCUCAGAUGGUCAUGAUUGACGCAAAGACCGGUGCUACUAUCAUCGACGCCAUGAAGGCUGGGGCUAGUGUGACGGUCGACUUCACUGUGCCUAGAGAUGACUCUUGGCGUGUAAGCUUCAAUGAUGUUGCUAGAGGCAUCCCUUCCUACACCACGAGCUGGGGCGCCACCAACGAACUACAAAUCAAGCCAGAUGUUGCCGGGCCCGGCGGCAAGAUUUGGAGCACUGCGCCCGGAGUGGCUGCGCUGUAUAUCAGCAAGUUUGGGGGCCGUUCUGUUCAUGGAUCUGGAUUCGCCAAGCAGCUCGGAGACCGCAUCAUUGCCAGCGGUACUUCAGUUCCCUGGCAGAUUUUCGAAGCGGUCGGCUUGCCCAAAGACUUUGGCUUCCUGGCUCCUGUUGCUCAGGUUGGGUCCGGCUUUAUCAACGCCACGAAGGUCUUGGAGUAUCAGACAACUCUGACGUUCGAAAGGUUCAACCUCAACGACACAAAUAACUUUGAGCGAUACCACAAGGUGGACAUCACGAACAAAGGUGACAAGGAUGUCACCUACACCUUCCGACUUGAGCCGGCCGGUGGCUUUAAUGCCCAAGGACGUACUCCCGGGCUCCUUGGCGAUAUCCUCGACACGCGCCCCAGUAGCAUGGUUCCGCGUGUGACCUUUCCAAGUGGAACCUUCCGCGUGCGGGCGGGCGAGACGAAAACAGCCCAGUUCAACUUCAUGUACCCCGAGGUCGCAGAUCCGUCGCUGUUGCCAAUUUACAGUGGCAAAGUCAUCAUCGAGGGAAGCAAUGGCGAGAGUCUCGGCAUACCAUAUCUCGGUGCGGCUUUCGACCUCAAAAAGAGCCUCAGGCGUAAUCUGUUCCCCGCAUCGUACCCCUUCGCCUUCAACACAAGCAGGGCAGCUCAGGAUUUCCCGAAAGUCUAUGCCCAAUUCCGAUGGGGAGUGAAGGAGCUUCGCUGGGACAUCUAUGAGACGAACUACCAGGAAAAGAACUGGAAGUAUCCUCCUGUCGUGGGCCAGAACGGCUACGUCGGCUCUGCCACAUUCUCUCCCUAUGCUUCUUCCUUUGGCAAUUUCGACCCCGCCACGAUGGACAAGAACCGUGUCCUUCCUUUCCCGGUAGGUGACAUUGAACGCACCACGUCCUGGGAUGAAGUCACGGAACGGUUCUGGUGGCUAGGCAAACUGGCCAACGGCACAGAUAUUGCGCCUGGCAACUAUACAAUGAGGUUCGCAGCUCGUCUUCCGUUCAGCAACCCUGAACAUUCCGACAACUGGCAUAUCUGGGACACGCCCAAGAUCCAGGGCGCGGAUUAG